AAUGAGCUCCCCCCCCCUCCUCCCCUCUUCCAAGAAGAGGGGUAUAUAUAAUGGGAGAGUUAAAGCUAGGGUUUACAUACAAAGACCAGUGGGCCGGCCCAACAGGCUGGGCCGCCCUAAAUAAGUAAUUAAUGAACGACUAACGGGCCGAUCCAACAAACUAGACCGCCCCGAUUAAUAUUAUACAAAGACCGGAUACCCCCUGUCUAGGGUAUCCAUCAUGAGUCCCCCACUUCCCGAGCCGAGAGGAACUCGAGGUGAAGUGGGAGUAGAACAAUAAUCCACCACGGAAGGACACCGUCUUCCUUGUUGUCUAGAGUGUACAAUCACCAUAAGAGUGGAUGAAUCAGUCGUCAUCUACAGUCCGUUUGUCGUCUUCGAACAUCCUCCCACAAUCUCGUCAAUGUGUGACCUACUCCACGGGGGAUGCCUCAUUAAAAACUUGCCGAGGAAAAAAAUAACCCAUGAGGAUGGGAAAAAAUCCUUGAUCAAGAAAAGAGUACAUCUUGUCCCACAUAGUGGAUCAAGAAAACAUUGCUAGGGGGUGAGGUCUUCUGUGUGAAUCUCAGAAGAGGUGAUCUUCAAGUCCCCCGGACUCGUUGUCCGGAGUCGAGGGCUGUUCGACAUAACGGAUUGCCGACAAGUGUAGGUACACGCGUACUGUUGCAAUCUGAUACAAGGUCAGGAUGUCAAUCAUGAAGCUCUCUUGUAAUAAUUACGAGCCGAGCACCCGGAGUCCCCCACUCCCUAAGCCGAGGAAGAAUUCUGAGGUGAAGGGGAGUAGUGUCCAUGCUCGACGCCGACGGGAGUCUGUGGCUGCCUCACGAGCUUGAGUGGCUGAAGGCCGAGCUCGUGUGACUGAAGGCCGAGCUCGUGGGCUGAAGGCCGAACUCGUGUGCCCCAAGAGGUGGUCGAGGCCGAGCUCGAGUGCCUCACGCGGUGGCUGAGUCCGAGCCUGGCCUUCUCAUUCUUCAAACCUGCAAAAUAAGUUCAAAAAAGAACACAAGGCGCUCGCGGGCUCGGAUGGACCGAUCACCAUGCGGCCGAGAAAAGUAAGUCAACGUAUGAGUCAAGUUCAAAGUUUUGGACAAAAGAUAGGCAUAAUCAACGAAGUGUGCCGAUCGUGUAGUAGUCUGGUCUAGAACAAACCUUGAUGUCAUCCUUAGUGAGUCCGGGGUCUUCAAAUGAGAGCUGCUCGGGUAAGUGAGAUAGGCACAAAGAUGCACCCCUCGCCUUAGAUCCGAGAGCAAAAUAGUUCACGUCGUUGAAGACGGAUAUAUAGGAGUGCGUCAAGAUGGACGGCUUACCUCGGCCUCACGAAUAGUAUUGUCGCGGGCGAUUUGGAGUGCCUCGCGGGGAGGGCUUACCUUGGCCUCGUAGAAGAGGAAGUAAAAUCGCGUCAUGAGAGAUGGAUGGGAGUGCGUCGUGGUGACGUCUUACCUCGGCCUCGUGAAAGAGGAAAUGAGAUUGCGUCGUGAAAGACGGAUGGGAGUGUGUCGCGGUGGACGGCUUACCUCGGCCUCGCAAUAAUAUCGUCGCGGACGAUCUUCAACACCUCAUAGAGAGGUUUUACCCGGCCUCGCUAAGGAAUGACUAAAUGAGUUGGAUCUGAGCCAUGCCCUGAGGCAGGUCGCUGGCCUGUGUGGGGUGUUAGAUUAAGCUUCACACCCGUCCCACAACAGGGCUUAAAGUGUUAAAUACAGAGUGUAAUACCAUCGUCCAAAAGAGAUCCGAUCACAUGUGGUGGACAAGAGCCGGCAGAUUUGACAGAAGAAGCAAUAGAACUAUGCAAGAAAGCCCGCACACUUGUCGGAUUGUCAGAUUGAUUCAGGCCGAAGUCGAUGGAGGUAGGUCGUCGCCGGUCUGGACUGGUGUCGGAGCCCGGCUACUGGAUUCGAACUCGCUCGUCGUCGGCUACGACGGUUAGCUGCUGCGAUCGUUGGUCACUGAUCUGCUGUCGGGGGUUACCACUGCUGCGCUCGCCGAAGGGAAGGGGUCGCCGGAACGAGAGUGGAGUCGCCGGGAACUUGAGAGAAGUAGGGAGCGGCUUGAAGGAACAGCUGCUGUAAAGCCCAAAAUCGAUGACUCGUGGCUGGCGGAAAGAGCUCCGUUCGGGUCGGAUCGUAAUUUGACCUAAUGGCUACCAUCUACAUUUUAGAUCUGUAAUCUACCUCACCUAUCAGUGUUCUCUUGCGUUCGCGGGGUCCUCGCUGGGAUAGGAGGUUAGAGUGUCGCCUGAAGCCCGCCGCAGAGGACAUGAACGGACUACGGCUUCGCCGCCGGUGCUUGGGGGCUUAGGACGGAGCAGCGCGCCGGCGUCCAUGGAGACAAUCUUAUCCACAGCGAGGUUCAGUGAAGCAUCCGUCUGGAACUCCGGAGCUAAGAGUGGCGCUGUACGCCGGCGUCAAUUACCCGGACAGGCGAAGGGGCGAGAGAGUCUCCUCCCCAGAUCUGGUUUCAACCUU